AAUUUCAAAGAAAAAGACUCAGGCAAAGUUGUCCUCUAUACGACAAGUAUGGGCAUUAUACGCGAUACCUAUGCCAAAUGUUCGAAUGUUAAGAAAAUCCUUCGAACGCUAUUGGUGAAAUUCGAAGAACGUGAUGUCUUUAUGAGUGUGGAAUAUCAACAGGAAAUCAAAGAGCGAAUGCAUUCGGAAAUAAUAAAAGUACCUCAACUAUUUGUCGAAGGCCAACACAUUGGUGAUGCCGAGACCGUGGAACGCCUUAAUGAAUCUGGAGAACUUAGACAGCUCUUAAAACCCUAUAAGUCAAUUGCAACUACCUACACCUGUCAAACAUGCGGUGGUUAUCGUUUGCUGCCAUGUCCCUCCUGCAAAGGUUCCAAGAAGUCGGUACAUCGAAAUCAUUUCACAGCUGAAUUUGUGGCAUUGAAAUGUAUGAACUGUGACGAAGUGGGUUUGGUUAAAUGUCACAAUUGUUAG